AUGGGCUACCCCGAUACCUUUGAAGGGUUCAUGAUCGAGGACCAGAAGAAAUGGACUGAAUUCAAGAAACAAGAGUUCAAACCCAAGAAGUUUGGCGACCACGACAUUGAUAUCAAGAUCGAGUGCUGUGGUGUCUGCGGUUCGGACGUACACACCAUCAAUGGUGGAUGGGGUGAAGCUCCGCUGCCCAUUUGUGUGGGCCAUGAGGUCGUCGGGCACGCAGUCAAAGUCGGAGACGCCGUAAAGACGGUCAAGGUUGGCGACCGUGUGGGUGUCGGUGCUCAGAUCUGGGCUUGCCUCAAAUGCCCUCAGUGCAAGAGUGACAACGAGAACUAUUGCCCACACCUGGUCGACACAUAUGGUGCUCCUUACCCGAAAGAGGUCGACCCCGACGAGACCAUAUCCCAGGGAGGUUACUCCUCGCACAUUCGCGCCCACGAAUACUUCGUCUUCCCCAUUCCCGAUGCUAUACCCUCACAUCUCGCCGCUCCCAUGCUGUGUGCGGGAUUGACCACGUGGAGUCCACUCGUACGGGCGGGUGUCGGUCCGGGUAAGAAGGUGGCAGUUGUGGGCUUGGGCGGCUUGGGCCAUUUCGCAGUCAUGUGGGCGAAUGCUCUGGGCGCAGAGGUCACAGUCAUCUCGCAUUCCCCAAAUAAAAAGGAAGAUGCGCUCAAGCUGGGCGCAAAGGAGUUUGUGACAAAUACCGAAAAGGGGUGGGCAGACAAAUACGCCUUUACCUUUGACUUUGUGAUCAAUACCGCCGACAUGACCCACACUUUUGAUUUGCAAGAGUAUUUGUCGCUGUGCAAGGUCAAUGCCACAUUCCAUCAAGUCGGUCUGCCGGACGAAGCCCUUCCGCCACUGAAAGCCCAGAUGUUUAUGAGCAACGGUAGCUCCAUCGGCGCAAGCCAUAUCGGUAACAGACCUGAGGCCCUGGCUAUGUUGAAAUUAGCCGCCGAGAAGCAGCUCUUCCCUAUGGUUGAGACCCUGCCCAUUUCGGAGAAAGGAUGUGCAGAGGCGGUGUCUCGCGUUGCGGCAAACAAGAUGCGAUAUCGAUUCACCUUGACGGAUUAUGACAAGGCAUUUGGUGCUCGCGACUGA